CCCCUCCAGGCCAUGCAGCUCCCUGCACUGCUCCUGCUCCUGCUCCUGCUCCCAGCCCUGCCAUCCCCAGCCGGCACCUCCGACCGGGGCCAGCCCUGCCCGGUGGAGAUGAACAAGGUCAAGGACCUGCUGGAGGUGAACUGCACUGGGCAGGCUCUCAGUGCGGUGCCCUCGGGCCUGCCGGUGGACACGGGCAUCCUGCUCCUCGGCUCCAACCGCCUGACCUCCGUCUCCAUCACCUCCUUCAUGCCGCUCCCGCAGCUGCAGGACCUCGACCUGUCGGACAAUGGGCUGGUGGCUCUGCAGCCUGGGCCCCCACUGCCGGCGCUGCGGGAGCUCAUCCUGUCCCACAACACGCUGGAGGCUCUGCCCGCGCUGCAGGGGCUGCCGGCGCUGUCCCGCCUGGCCAUGGCACACAACCGCGUGGCCAGGCUGCCGCCGGCUGCCUUCCGGGCCCUGCCGCACCUGCAGGACCUGGACCUGCGCGGGAACCGGCUGCAGACCCUGCCCCCGGAUGCCUUCAUGGGGCUGAAGGAGCUCAAGGACUUGGACAUCUCCGACAAUGCCUUGGAGGAGCUGCCCAGGGAGCUGCUGCAGGACCUGCAGAGCCUCGAGACCCUGUGGCUCUCAGGGAACCUCCUGCAGAGCCUCCCCAGCGGCUUCUUCCCCGAGGGGCAGAUGUUCAUGUACGUGUUCCUCACCGAGAACCUCUGGCACUGUGACUGCCGCCUGCACUACCUGCGGGGCUGGAUCCGGCGCAACGAGGGCAGCGUCUACCAGCCCGAGCGGGGCCUGGAGAAGACAAAGGUGGAGGUGGCCCCCGAGCGCGUGCUGUGCCACAGCCCCCCCGAGCACCAGGGGAAACCCAUCAUCCACUUCAAGCCCAACUGCGGCAACGUGGGGGACGAAGAGGAGGAGGAGGAGGAUGAUUAUGGUGAUGGGGAUGUAACGGUAGAGAGAGCUGCCAAGGCCACUGUGUCCCCCCCGCACCCACCCCUCCCCAUAGAGCACAUCACUGUGCCCAGUGCUGUUACCUGGCCUCCCAUCAACACCCUGAGCACUGCACCCACAGACCCCAGCACUCCCAGCACCACCAGUCCUGCCUCAGCCAGCCCCACUCUGCCCCCCACACCGGCCCCCAGCACCACCACCACUGUCCCUGCCGCUCCUGUCACCACCUCACUGCCAACCCCCAUGGUGUCCACUGGAACAUUGCCCACCACCUCCAUGGCUCUGCCCUCUGCUGCUGUGCCAGAGCCCUCUCCCAUUGCCCAAUCUUCACCUCCUCCGCUGGUGUCAACCGCACCGGUGGUCACCACCACUCACGCCCUGAACACCACUGGCCUCACACAGCCUGCCCCUUCCCCUCCGGCUGCCCCUCUGCCCCUGUGCCCCUGCCCCACAGCUGGGCUGGAGGUACCGGUGCUGCGGUCGUGGGCAGCUGGGGAUGCUCUGCAGGGCAGGCACUGGGUGCUGGAUCACUGCUGCCUCCUGCACUGGCUGCUCUACCUCACCUGCCUGGCUCUGCUGGUGCUGACCGUGCUGGCCCUGGCAGCCUGGCUGGCAUGGAUGUGCCUGGUGGGGUGGCCCUCCUGGCACAAGUCCCUGCAGAGCCGAGAGGUUCCAUACCUGCUGCUGGGGUGGAGGGAGGCGGCAGGAGCCCCCCUGAGGCCCCUCAGCAGCUCCAGAAGCCCCCUCCAGAGCACCAGGUUCUGCACCAUCAAGGAAGUAGAGUUGUACCCACAGGUCACGUACUGCACGGUUAAAGACCUGGGCACACAGUGCAGGCCUGCGGCAGGUUCCUUCUGCACCACGAAGGAGCUCUGGGUCCACCAGAGUCCUCUGAAGGCUUCAUUCAUGGUCACAGACCUCAGCUCCUUGAGGACCCCUUCUGCCUACAGCCUGGACAGGGGCCUGAGGGCCAUUGGUGACGUGAGAGUCCAAUACGCUGGCAACACCUUGUAA